AUGGAUUCUGCAAUCAUGAGGUGGGAGCUCAUUCGAUUUGAUGAUGACAAUGUAAAAUGCGCGAAAAGUGAGGCAUCAAAGUUCGGAACUUCCAGCGCUUCCCGAGUGAUCGAGAUCAAUUAUCUGACCGGUAAUAAUUUUCUUUCAGAAGGUGAUUUUCCAUACCAUGUUAACGGCGUAUGCGCGACAAAAAGUAAAAAUCCUGACAGUUUUAUGUCAAUUUCUUAUUGUCUAUCAUCUAAGUCAGGUCUCAACUUUGGGAUACAUUAUCUAGAAGAUAGCACCAUAGAUAAUAUUGUCGAACAUUCCCAGGAUAUCCUUGUAUCAUACUCUUACUGA